AUGGCUCAAACACAAACAAUGCUUUAUAGCCAGCUGCUCGAACACCAUCGUACAUCCAAUCGAGGGCACAGAAACCAUGCCGUACCGUCUCCGGGUCCAGACGAGGUGUUGGUCAGCUUGAAAUUCUCGGGCCUCUGUCACUCCUCCCUUCAUUCAUGGAAAGGAAAUUUGUCUACUAGGAAACGAAAUUGUGUUGAUGGCCACGAGGGCACAGGCAUCAUUACAGCUAUCGGAAAUGAGGUGAAUGGUCUUAGAGUGGGUGAUCAUGUCGGGGUACAGUGGAUCAAUAAAACCUGCGGAAUCUGUGACGCAGAUAAACGGUCAGAUUUUGCCUCGUGUCCACACGCUCGGAUGACGGGGUACUCAGUUGAUGGGACCUUUGAUGAAUAUUGUACCAUUCAAGCAUGUCAUGCUGUGCGCAUUCCGAAACAGUUUCCCCUUGACACUGUGGCCCCGAUAAUCUGCGCCGGAACUACAUGCUUCAGGGCUGUACAGGAGAGUGGUGCAGAGGCGGGUGAUACUGUGGCUAUCGUCGGGCCCCCAGGUGGGCUAGGGUCAUUGACUUGCCAAUAUGCCAAGGCCCGUGGCUGUCGAGUCCUGGCCAUAUCUAGUGGAGAGGAUAGUGAGCUUCUUUACAAGCAGAAAAUUGGUGUUGAUUUCUACGAGGAUUACCGAAGCCCUAAGAAUGUCGCCGCUGAAGUCCAAGGGAUUACCGGUGGUGGACCGGAUGCUGCCAUUUUGAUAGAGGGGACCGAGACGCUCCUCAAGAGCGCACUUCAGUACGUGCGACCCAGAGGAACGGUGGUUGUUGUGGGUUUGCCUCCAGGCGCUCCAGUCGGCAUGGAUCUGUCGAAUUUGAUGUCGAAGAUGGCGCAUAUCAAAGUUUCUCCUGUUGGAGGAACUCGAGAGCAAAUAGAAGAGGCUAUGCAUAUUCUCAUAAAGGAGAGGUUCUACCAGCCAUGUCACGUUCUGGGCCUUGACCAACUUCCUCAAACCCUCAAAAUCAUGCAGAGAGACAAUCCUAAGGAGAUCUCCCCUGAGGCGACUUUGGCCUAUGGUGGCCAAUUGCUCGGUGAGGCGGUCAUUAAAAUACCUGAUUCAGAAAUUAUUCCCAUGCAUCAAAAGCCAGUCGAGCCACCAAAACCUCAACCAACCUUCUACCAAAAGAACUACAACAUUGGUACCUUCUUAGCCUACCGGAUGGAGGAGCUUGGCAUCUGCGAGUAUUUUGUUGUACCCGGGGACUCCAAUCUUUUCCUUUUGGAUAACCUCCUGAAGAACCCCAACCUUCGCAUGGUGGGAUGUUGCAACGAGCUAAACGCCGGCUAUGCUGCAGAUGGGUACGCUCGCCUUUCACCAACCCGAAUUGCAGUUGUUGUGGUACCCUACAUUGUAGGCAGCCUGUCUGUUCUCAAUGCCGUAUCAGGGGCCUGUUCGCAAAAUAUCAAAUUGAUUGUCCUCGCUGGCUGCCCAGCCACGAAUCUGCUCGAUAGCGGCAAGUUCUUGCAUCAUACCCCUACUACGAGGAACAAAGAUCAAGGUCUCCAAGCAUUCCAAGGGGUCACGGCUACAUCUGUCCGCUUAGAGUCCGCGGAGACCGCUGUGGAUGUGUUGGAUGAGACUAUAGGCAAAUGCCUUGACUCAUCUCUGCCGGUCUAUAUUGAGGUGCCCAAUGAUCUUGCUUCUGCUGCUUGUGCCCAUCCGUCGCCACUGGGCAGGAAGGUUGGCGCGAGAAGUGACCCACAUAUGUUGAAAGAGGCCGUGGAUACAAUUACAGAUAUUUGGAACUCAUCUCACAAGCCCGUGCUUAUACUUGGAAGCUUCGCACGUCGAUCCCUCUAUCAUGAUCAUGUCGAACUCCUAGCCGACAAGCUUGGAUGUGCGGUUCUUUGUCAACCGGAUGGCCGUUGCAUCAAAGAGUCCCACCCACAAUACUGUGGUCAGUUCUGGGCCGGAAUGACAAACCCUGAAGGCGAGCAUUUUGUUAUGGACUCAGACCUUUGGCUCGUCAUCGGAGGAAACUGGUCCGAACUCCAUACCCUUAGGGCGGAUGUUAACCAAGAAAAGCACCGCAUGAUCAGCGUGGGCAAAGACUGGGUUGAACUACCCGAUGGAAGGUGCAUUGAGCCUGUGAAAAUUCGUACACUGGUGGCGCAUCUGAUUCAGUCCGACAUGGAUUCGAAGAACGAAUCUGUCCCUCGACCGAAGCCGGUACUUGGCUGUUUGCCUCCUGAUGGGCCAGAAAACUUACAAGCACCCGUGACUCUGAAGAGCGUCAUGAGCGGUAUCCAAGAGCUUAUUAAAGAGUACGAUACAUUGCUCUGUGAUGCAGGAGAAUCUUGGUUUGUCGCCAAUCAUAUUCUACUGCCUCCUGGAGCAGACUGUCAGAUUCAAUUUCCUUACUGCUCAAUUGGAUGGGCAUUGCCGGCUGGAUUUGGGGCUCAGCUUGGUCGCACGCGGGGUCGAUCAAUCAUCCUCAUCGGGGAUGGGGGAUUUCAGAUGACGGCACAAGAACUCAGUACCAUGAUCUAUCAGAAGGUGAACCCGGUCAUCUUUGUGUUUAAUAAUUUGGGGUACAAGAUCGAGACUGCUGUCCAUGAUGGGCCGUAUAACUACAUUGCCAACUGGGAUUACGCCAAAUUGGCUAGUGUUCUCUCUGCAAAACCACAUUCUCCAUCUCAUAAUCCAUAUGCUAGGGAGGCAGAGGACGAACUAGAGGGAAAUUCCCUGAUGUUUUCUAUGCAGGUCAGGACACGCGAGGAUCUGAAACUAGUCCUGAACAGAGUGGAUGAGGAGCCCGAUAAGCUCGCCUUUAUAGAACUUUGUAUCCAGCCUGAUGACAAGACUAGCGAGCUUGAACAGCUUGGAAACAUGGUUGCAAAGCAGUAUACAAAAGAGCAAUCAGAAACAGAGAGUCCUGCCACAGAAACAGACAAGGAAACGAAGGCUGAUCCCAAAGAUGUCCCGAGUUAUUAUUCUGGAAUAUCAUCCGCCUGCUUCGAGAAAAGCGUCCCGAAACGUCCAAAUAAGGCCCCCGUGCCUCUAUCACAUGAAAUUGACGGAGAAAAUGAUCACAAGGACCUUCUCGCUUCACGCCUUAGCAUCACGUUCUCGUCAGACCCCAAGCCACUACCGGCUCCAGACACCCCCGAGGCUGCGCCUUAUAGAGCCUGUACAGACCAUAUGAUACAGGCCCGGUGGACUGCAGAGAAAGGCUGGGAAAGCCCAGGCCUUGUCCCCUACGGUUCUCUUCCCAUAUCGCCCAUUGCAAGUACGCUCCAUUACUCUACGCAGUGCUUUGAAGGAAUGAAGGUCUAUCGGGGUUACGACGGCAAACUGCGACUUUUCCGACCAACCCUCAACUGCGAACGUAUGUUAUCUUCUGCCGAGCGUAUUUGCUUACCCCGAUUCGAUCCCCACGAACUCCUCCUUUUGAUUCACGCGAUCUGUGCUGUCGAAGCCCCAAAAUGGCUAGCAGAAGACCGAGCAGGUCAGUGCCUGUACAUCCGGCCUGCCUUCCUCGGUACGAGCGAGGGCUUAGGCCUGAAUACUCCACAGGAAGCUCUUCUGUACAUUGUGCUUUCAUAUGCGCUCAGCCCGUCUGCCGGCCCAUCUAGCACACCAAAGGCCCUGCGCCUCUGGUCCAGCACCGAAAAUAUGGUCCGAGCCUGGCCCGGAGGAACCGGACAUGUGAAGGUUGGCGCCAACUACGGCCCAUCUGUCCCUGCGCAGAACAAAGCCCACAAGCUGGGCUACGACCAAGUCUUAUGGCUCUUUGGUCAAGAUCGCCAGGUCACAGAAUCAGGAGCUGCCAAUUUCUUCGUGAUCUGGGAGACCAUAGAUGGAAGACUACAGCUGGUGACUGCUCCUCUCCAAGACCAGCUUGUCCUUCCCGGUGUGACACGUCGCAGUAUCUUGGAAUUAGCCCGGGAGAGGCUCUCCGAUGGGCCGCUUCAGGUUGACACGGACGACGGGUCGAGCCAGACCGUGGAUCCUUUGGAGGUGGUGGAGGAGCGGUUCACCAUCAAUGAUAUUAUUGAUGCAGCUAAUCAAGGGAGACUCCGCGAGGCGUUCUCAGCUGGGACUGCAUAUUUCAUUGCUCCUAUUUCUUGUAUUGCGCAUGGUACGCAUGAGGUGGAUAUUCCGGUUGACUCUGUGCCGUAUGUCUCUGUGCUGCGACAAUGGUUGUCGGAUAUCAUGUAUGGGAAGGAGAAAAGUCCGUGGACGGAGGUAGUCGAGGAAUACGUUGCUUGA